AUGGAGUGUGACUACAGCAAUCAAAUGCUUGAGUACGCUAGAACAGGAGACUUGCAAAAUAUUCGUCGCCUGCUGGAACAGAGAACGAAGUUUGGAAAGGAAAAAACGAUAGAAGCAAUGGUUGGUGAUACCGAAGAUUGGCUUCACGAACAACAUCUUAAUCGUUUAAAAGCAGCACUGUUCAUCGCUUCUGAAAGAGGGCAUUUAAAUGUUGUCCAGUUUCUUGUGGAAGAUGGAAUCGACCCCGGCAUAAAAAAUAAAGACGGAGAGACUCCGACAUAUAUAGCAUCCAAAAAAAAUCACUGGAAAGUUGUGCAAUGUCUUAUCGAGAACGGUGCAGACGUCAGCGUUGAGGAAUCUUUAAAAGGAACUUCUUUACACAUCGCAUCGAGAGAAGGUUGCCUCAAAGUAGUAAAAUGUCUUCUCAACAAUGGUGCAGAUGUUGACGCGAAAACUGAAAAUGGGUGGACUCCACUGCAUUGGGCCUCAAUCGAAGGGCAUUCUGAGGUGAUGAAAUGUCUUCUGGAGAACCGAGCCAACAUUAAUGCUACGGGUUCUAACGAUACGGACUUUCCUAACGGAUUCUGUUUUUUAUCAUAA